AUGUCACAAACUUCACCAACAGACCGGGCAUCGAAUACCUCUUUCGCUCUCCCCGGGACGCAGACUGCUGCAUCUCAGGCCGCAGGUCCCAAUGCAGACUCCUCCAGGCCAAGUACGGCGAGUUUUGCCAGGACCGAAGCAUACAGCAACUUGGACGGGCCCGUCCAUGGGAGGCAAGGAGCAGAUAUCAAUUCAGGAUUCGAGUCACGCCGGCCAUCAGCCGACUCCAGCGUCCAGACUCCUUCUCGGGCCUUUGGUGUGCACAGCAUCUUGAACCCGCAGACGGAACCCGAAGGGCAGCCUCUGGCGGCGGCAACAAGCAGCCAGUCACAUGCUGGUUUUCCCCAAGGACCGCCUGAAGAAUCACCUCGUGUUCGAAAACGCACGGAUCUUCGAUCGUCGGCGCAGGAGCACUCUCAGUCCGGUAGUGCACGUGUUGGAAGGCGUGUGCUCACGCCAAAAUCUCCCGCCGUCCGUGCGGCGAGUCUGGGUGCCAGGAGAAACCCUACGUUUCACUCCACCAUACAACCCCUCCAACCCUUUUCCGGGUCGACAGGCCGGAACUACACUGCUGAAUCCGGGCCGUACAGGACCUCAGAAAUCCCACCUCUUCCAUCUUUGGCGAUAGCAACGGGACCGAAUCUGCCAAGCAUCGCGCCACUCGAGCCUGGUACCCAAACGCGCUCUGCGCCUGCGCCUGGGAACUCUCCGCGGGGUCUGGAGUCUGUCGUUACGCACACAGCAGAUCGAGCUUUGCCGGGUCAGCCAACUUACUCAAGGAUUGAACAGCCUUCACCUCUAUUCCGCUAUGGUCCUGGCCAGCCACUCUCUCAGCCCUCGCCUGCCCACAGAGGGUUUCCACCGAGCGGGCCUGGCGGAUAUGGUCAUGAAACCCAUCUACAUGGCCCCCAUGAAGGCUACCAAGCAGGGCAAACGUCUAUGAAUCUGACUUUGGACACGGACCAAGGACCCUUGGUUCUUCCUGUGGAGUUGGACCUACAACAAGCUUCGAGGGUGGCAGACGAGAAAAGAAAGCGGAAUGCCGGUGCGUCAGCUCGUUUCCGGGCUCGACGGAAGGAGAAAGAGAAGGAAGCUUCUCAGACAAUUUCAGGUUUGCAGCAAGAAAUGAGGGACUUGAUCGAAGAGCGAGAUUUUUAUCUCUCCGAACGAGACCACUUUCGUGAGCUUGCUGCAAGACACGGCGCCAACCCGCAACUUCUACAACGUCCUCCAUCACCCAGGCAGCGGCGACUGGCGGCGACGGCAGCAGCGGCUUCGGCAGGUCCAGCACCAACCAGUGGCGCUAGCUCUGAGCCGCAAUUUGGCUCGGAAGAUUCAUAUCGCGAAUAUCACGACAGAGAGUCUUCGAGUCAGCGCCGGCGGACCGGAGACUAUCAGCCAAUUUUCGUCGCAGCCUCGACUCAAUCGCCAUCUCAACCGGGGUACAGCGGAUUUCCACCGCAGCCUCCAAUGCCUCUGCCACCCCCUCCCACGACGACGAGUUCCUCCUACGCAGCUUCCCGAUCGUUGCCACCGGGACCGGCAGCGCCUUCCAUUACAAGAUCGCGGUCGUAUGAUCCUUUCCACCGAGACCCUUACGAUCGCACAUGGCCUUCAGGUCGAUAA